GAGAGAUAAACACGAUGUCAAAAAUUUAAGAUGAUUUUUCUUUUAAGAUUUUAGAAUAAGGCUUAUAAUUUUUUUGAGUGAUUACAAUAAUGCUUAUAAAAAUAUAGAAAGUUGAUUAGAUAACAAUAUAAUAUAGAAGGAAGCACAUAUACAUAGUAACUAAAAAACAAAAAAAGGAAGAAAAACAGGAAGCUUAGCUCGGAAUGUCAGUUAUUUUUUAUAAUUGGGUAUUGAUUGCUUCCAUUCCAUGAAGUCAGAACUCAGAUCUAAAUCUGCCCCCUCUCUCAUGUGACGUAAAACUAAAUCUCCACAUAAAAAAAUCCUCCUUUUUGGAAAAACCGAAAAGCUCGCUUUGAAUCUACUUCUACUACAAUGGCGGUCUAGGAGGAAGAGGACGCAGUGAUGAUGAUGAACCGGAGAGACUCUUUUAUCGGAGGAAGGAAUAAUAUUCCUUUGUUGGCGCAGCACCGGCGAGGUCAAAGUUUAAAUCUCGCUGGAAAUAAGGCGGACGCCGUCGAUGAAAACUUAGAUCUGUUCUCAAAGAACCGGCGGAGUCUCUCCGUCACAUCCUCUGAUGAAUCCUCAGAUGUUUCGGUGAAAUUGGGGAAACUAUCAGUUGGAUCGGCGAAAGUGUCUCGUAGUGGCAUCGAUGAUUUGUUGUCUUCCACAGACGGUGGAAAACACGACUACGAUUGGCUUCUCACUCCUCCUGGAACUCCAACAAUAUUCCCUACAUCAGAGUCAAGUGAAUCUAAACCAACCGUAGCGGCUACGAGAAGCAGUUCCUUAGCCAGAUCAUCGUCUACUACUAAGGCUUCAAGGCUAUCAGCUUCACAAGCUGAGAAUAGUCACCAUUCAAGACCAGCUAGAAGCAGCUCAGUGACUCGCUCCUCAACCUCCACAUCAAUGUAUGGUAACUAUUCCUCGAACAGAUCUGGAUCAAUACUUAACACUAGCUCUGCAUCAGUUUCAUCUUAUACAAGGCCAUCCUCUCCCAUUACCCGUUCUACAUCUAGUGCAAGACCCUCCACUCCUGGACGCACAUCAAUAUCAAGACCUUCCACACCUUCUAGAGCUCGCCCAACUCUAUCCAACUCAUCUGCUGAAAAAAGUCGAUCAGUUCAAAGCUCUAGGCCCUCCACUCCCAGUUCUAGACCACAAAUCCCGGCAAACUUGAGUUCUCCAGUUGUUCGAUCGAAUUCCCGUCCAUCUACCCCUACCCGUAGGAAUCCAGCACCAUCUAUUUCCCCAGCAGCAAGUCCUUCACUGUCAGCUGCCCGUGUGCUAUCAAAUGGACGCAAUCCAAAUCCGCCAUCCAGACCAAGCUCGCCUGGACCGCGUGUUCGGCCUCCUCAGCCUGUUAUCCCGCCUGAUUUUUCUCAUGACACACCCCCAAACCUUAGAACCACUUUACCAGCAGAUAGGCCGGUUUCUGCAGGUAGGUCAAGACCAGGCGCUACAGUCUCAGCGAAAGGAAAUUCAGAUACCACAGCGGCUACCAAUAUCUCAAGAAGACAUUCAUCACCCAUUGUCACAAGAGGAAGACUUUCAGAACCAACUGGAAGGGGUCGUCAACAUGGAAAUGGACACCAUACUGAUGCUGAAGCUCGGAAGGGCUCCCAUCUUCCAGAUUCGGCAAUGAGAAAACCUGUAAAAACAUCAACAACAUCUGCCGAUGCCAAUGGCAAUGGAUUUGGGAGGACGAUCUCCAAAAGAUCUCUGGAUAUGGCUAUCAGGCAUAUGGAUAUAAGAAGUGGUGCAGGGAACAGUCGGUCACUUACCGGUACCACACUCUUCCCACAAAGCAUUCGAUCCACGACCUCAAAAACCCAGUCGGUUCGAAGUUUGAGUUCUUCAUCAUCUGUCAGCAUGAAUGGAGGGUUACAAACCAACUAUAAUGGAAUCAUGUUAGAGAAUGACAAUAUUGAUCGGUCAGCUGAAAAUGGAAUUGAAUCUCAUGCUGGUAGACAUUUUGCAAAGUUGAGUGAAAUAGACAUGUAUGAGAGCUCACGAUAUGAUGCAAUUUUGCUGAAAGAAGACUUGAAAAACACAAACUGGCUGCACUGUAUUGAUGACAAAACAGAUCAGGGGCCUAUUUUUGACAAUGGAUUCGAAACUCUGCCUGAGCCUUUUGGUCUCUUAUAACGUCUGGAGAGUGGUUUUCUUAAAAUAUUCUCUUGUAUUCAGUUUGUAUUUUUCUUUUAUUAUUGUUAAGUUAUCAUAUCGAUGAAAUUAUUUGGUUUCUUUAACGAACAAUGGAGUCUGUAAAUCACUCCAAACAUGAAAGAAUGAGAAGGCAGUAUGUGUUUCUGGAGAGAGAUAAAUGAAAUAUUUAUUCUGUAUUUGCAAA